AUGCAACGUGCGGCGCAGCUUAGGCAGCUCGAGAGGGUUGUGAAGCAGGCGAUCGGGGAGAAGGAGGUUGGCGUCAGGGCAUCGAAUUUCAAUGCAGAGGCCUUCUCUCUCGCUCACCGCAAUGUCGCACAAUGCAAUGCAGGCUGUGAACAAAGUGGAAUAAACUCACUUUCGUCAAAUAGCGAACGCUCCACAAAAUCAAAAUUUCUGUCUAGGCUAAUGGUUGCUAUAAGAGACGUCUGGGAAGAGAACGUCUGCGAAAUCACUUGA